GUGCAUGUUGUAUUUUCUUUCGAAUUGAUCUUUAUUAAAAAAAAUGUCUGCUUUUUCUGCUUUAAACGAACUUGAUGACAAGCGUAUCACUAAUAUCAAACCUCUUAUUCCCCCUCAAAUUCUUAUGGAAGACCUUCCUUUAAAUUUGAAAGCUGCUGAAACUAUCUUGGAAGGAAGACAAGGCGCAGAAGAUAUCAUUCAUGGUAAAGAUGACCGUCUCUUAGUCGUGGUUGGUCCUUGUUCUAUUCAUGAUGUCAAGGCCGGUUUAGAAUAUGCUGAAAAAUUGAUUGAAUAUGCUAAAUCUGCUAAAGAAGAUUUGCACAUUAUUAUGCGUGUCUAUUUCGAAAAACCUAGAACAACUGUUGGUUGGAAAGGCCUUAUUAAUGACCCUAAUUUGAAUAACACCUAUCAAAUCAACAAGGGUCUUCGCAUUGCAAGAAAGUUAUUACUUGAUCUAAACGAAAUGGGUAUUCCCGCAGCUUGUGAGUUUUUAGAUACCAUUUCUCCUCAAUACACAGGUGAUCUUGUCUCUUGGGGUGCUAUUGGUGCUCGUACAACCGAGUCCCAAGUACAUAGAGAAUUAGCGUCCGGUCUUUCUUGUCCUGUAGGCUUCAAAAAUGGUACAGAUGGUGGUAUGCGAGUAGCUAUUGAUGCCAUUGGUGCUGCUAGUCAUGGACACCAUUUUUUAUCUGUAACCAAGCAAGGUUUAUCUGCUAUUGUUCAAACUGCUGGUAAUAAGUCUUGUCAUGUCAUUCUUCGUGGUGGUAAAUCAGGGCCCAACUAUGAUGCUCAACACAUCAAGGCUGCUGCUGCUGAACUUGGUAAUAGCAAAUUAAACCCCGUUGUCAUGGUAGAUUGUAGCCAUGGCAAUUCUUCUAAAGAUCACCGCCGUCAACCUGUAGUUGCUAAGGAUAUUGCUGAUCAAUUAGCUAAUCCAGUCGAGACUGGCAACAAUAUUGUAGGUGUAAUGAUUGAAUCGAAUCUAGUGGAAGGACGCCAAGACAUUCCUGCUGAUGGCCCUCAUAAAUUGACUUAUGGAAAAUCCAUUACAGAUGCUUGCAUUAAUUGGGAAGAUACAGUCCAAUGUCUAGAAGAACUUAGAAAAGGUGUUCGUGCCAGACGUGCUGCUCGCAAUUAAUAAAGUUGUUGAUAAAUCAUCCUAUUCCUUUAUACAUUUCUUUAAAGCCAAAGUCUAAACAAUCUUGAAGGAUGUCAUAAAUUCUGAAGUAUGGCUUUCUAACAUUACUAUGUAGC